AUGUCCAACUUCGUCGCCGUCGACUUGGGAGGCCUUGGCAUCGAUCCCGCCUUCCGGGAAACCAUCUUUGCGCAUUUCCGCGAGACAGCCGCCCUGAUGACUUCUUCCACGUCGACAGCCACUCCGCUGGAGCAUGCCUUCUAUGGGCGUGUGGCUGACGUCAAGUCGCCCAAAAGUGACAUCAAUGCUUUGAUCCUUGACUACUUGACGAUGGAAGGGUACCCGAAAGCUGCGGCCAAGUUUUCCAAAGAGGCAAACCUGAAGCCACAGCAGGAGGACCCGACCAUCAACUCUCGGCAGCAGAUUCAGCACGCCAUCCACACUGGCGAUAUUGAAACGGCCAUCACGGCCCUAAACGAACUGGAUCCAGAGAUUCUAGACAAGGACCCGCAGCUGCACUUUUCUCUUCUCCGGUUGCAGCUCGUCGAGCUUAUUCGCCAGUGCAACGGUGGCGAUACCAACCCCGCCCUGGACUUUGCAACUAAGAAGCUUGCUCCACGUGCGGUCAUGAACACCGAUUUUCUAAAGGACUUGGAGAAGACGAUGGCGCUGCUCUUUUUCCCGCAUGACAACUUGCAGCCCGAGCUUGCCGCGCUUCUCCACUCGGACCUCCGCAGGAAUACGGCGAUCAAGGUCAACGAGGCGGUCCUGGUGCGGCAAACCCAACGGCGCGAGGCUGCUAUACGGAACCUCGUCAGGAUGCGGGCAUGGGCCGAGACAUCCGUUAGAGCGAGGAAGAAGGGCGAUUUGCCCGACAGAAUUGAGCUAGGUCUCAAUGGUGACGACAGCGACUACCUCGAAGGAGUCCACGAAAACAGCCACGAGCCAAUGAUUACGACUUGA